AUGUCUCACGAGGCCAAUAUCGAUACACACAGACCUAAACCCAGACCGAUUACCAAGAAACGGUGCUUGGGGCACAACGAUCACAACCUCUCUACCGAGACAGCCCAAUCCUCCAUGACAUCCCAAUGCAAUGCCCUGUGUGACGUGCAAAAUGAGUGCUCAAAUCACGAAAGUCCUCCACGACGCAGACGCCGAAGCAGACGUUACCAGGUACAGGGCGAGGAUGAAGUGGAGACAACCGUGAAUGAGAAGAACAACAAGAAGCAACAAGACCAACACCGCAGUGUACAUUUCAGCAAGCCCAUAGCCCAGGUACCGGGCGAGGAUGAAGUGGAGACAACCGUGAAUGAGAAGAACAACAAGAAGCAACAAGACCAACACCGCAGUGUACAUUUCAGCAAGCCCAUAGCCCAGGUACCGGGCGAGGAUGAAGUGGAGACAACCGUGAAUGAGAAGAACAACAAGAAGCAACAAGACCAACACCGCAGUGUACAUUUCAGCAAGCCCAUAGCCCAGGUACCGGGCGAGGAUGAAGUGGAGACAACCGUGAAUGAGAAGAACAACAAGAAGCAACAAGACCAACACCGCAGUGUACAUUUCAGCAAGCCCAUAGCCCAGGUACCGGGCGAGGAUGAAGUGGAGACAACCGUGAAUGAGAAGAACAACAAGAAGCAACAAGACCAACACCGCAGUGUACAUUUCAGCAAGCCCAUAGCCCAGGUACCGGGCGAGGAUGAAGUGGAGACAACCGUGAAUGAGAAGAACAACAAGAAGCAACAAGACCAACACCGCAGUGUACAUUUCAGCAAGCCCAUAGCCCAGGUACCGGGCGAGGAUGAAGUGGAGACAACCGUGAAUGAGAAGAACAACAAGAAGCAACAAGACCAACAUCGCAGGGUACAGUUCAGCAACCCCAUAGCCCAGGUACAGUUCGUGUCCAUGUCGGAAGACUCCAGGGAGGCACGCUCAUCAUAUUGGACGCGGGUUGCAGUUAAUGCCAAACGGUUCCAAAUGAGGUUACUUCAGGUAGAGCCGUCAAUAUGUAGAUGUCUAGACGAAAAUCACCGGGACCGCAUGAGGAACUAUAUACGGGUUAGGCUCGAGAGCGAUUGUCACUGA